AUGUCUUCAUAUCGCUCGCUUGUCACGUUAUGCUUGGUUUCAUGUGCUGCGGGUGCCGUUUUCCAUCGUCGCGGUGGCGUCAACGAGACGGCCCCAUAUUCCAACGCCAUUUCCACGACGCCUCUGUCUGUACCCGCGCCAACAAUCGCUACAAGCACACCCAUCGCUCCUCUGCCAGGAACCGGACUACAGAGUGUUUACAGCUCUGCUACGCGGACAUCUAGCGAAUAUGAGGCCCCCCAAUCCUCUGGACAGGCGGUAUCCGCCCCCUCAAACGCAUCAUGCACCAUCAACAUACCCAGCGCAAGCCUCAACUACUGGUUCGCACCAACCUACAGCCACCUGAUCGCAACAAUGACGAGUUCAGCACUGAAUUUUAGCGAUGCCAAUUCACUCACGCUUGUGCCAAACACCGCUACGUUUGACGCAGCUAGUGCCCUGGAGUCCGAUUUUGCCUGUACAUACUCCUACUCGUAUUACGCCGAAUACGACUUCACUUUGACAAAUUGCGAACCGUAUACAGGAAAGCCCACUGCGGCUACAACAUCCAUCGUCUACCGAUCAUCAGGAUACUCGCCGUUUCCACCGGAAGGCGUCAUCCCAGCCACGGACGCUCGAUUAUACGACGUCUACUACCCAGAUUCCUUCCCAUCAGCAACAAUUGCCGUCACACUGGCUCCAAACAUCACUCAAGUUGAGACAUCGGCAACGCCAUUCGUCUACUUUACUGCUUACGAGGUUGCCAACGGUAACAAAACUGAACAAGUACAGCUCCCCUCGGCGCAGGCCUAUCCUUAUUGGGUAGAUGGCCUUGAAGAAAAAGACACUGCUACUGGGCCACUACCAAAAGGUUUCCUUGAGCAAGUGCCGUAUUCGGGGUGUGUUGCGGGUCAGCUCCAAGCUACUGUGACGGUUCUCAUUAUUGUCGAUCUAUACUAUCUGAAUCGGCCGCUGCUCGAUCCAUUCAUCAUCCACUUUGAGUCAUCUGUCCUUGGGUUUGAGGAUCCCCCGGUUCUUGUAAACGACUUGGGCACCCGCUCCUCGAAGCCUCUUCCACUUACCGUUGCCGAUUGGGAUAUCCCAAAUGCCGAGUUCAAACCCACCGACCAUGCUGAUUUACCCUCUACAACGCGGGCACGUGGCGCCGCAUCAGUCACUGUGGGUACAAUUGGAGCAAGCCCUGUGGUGGUUGGCCCUUCAUCCGAAGUUGUGGUUGGCUCACAAACGCUGCGUCUAGGAGGACCUCCUGUCACCGUAGGAGGUGGGACACCUGUCUCUCUAGCACCUUCAGCUACGGCUAUUAUCAUCGGCGGCGAGACGAGCCUACUCCCUCAAGUCCCUCCACCUGCGCCGCCCGUCUUGACGGUUGGAUCAUCUACACUAACGCCCAACGCUGCCACUCAGUUUUUGGUUGCUCCCGGACAAACUUUGACUCCAGGCGGUGUUGCCACCAUCGAUGGCACAAUCGUCAGUCUUGCUCCCUUGGCAUCAUUUGUCGUCAUUGGCGGAUCUACCCAAGUCUUGGCCGUGGAUCCUGCAUUGGCGCAAACUACAGCCAAAGCACCACAUCUCGUAUUCGGCGGCUCGACCAUAUCAGCACAGACUACUCCAGACAAGCUCAACUUGGCUCCUACAUUUGUUAUAUCUGACCAAACCUUAAUUCCAGGUGGGGCAGUCGUCACCGUCUCUGGGACUACACUCUCACUGGAGUCAUCUGGAAGUGUGGUGGUUGUCAACGGGGUACCUUCGACGAUAAUAACACAAACCGGGCCGGCUUUUCCAACGCCCACAAUCAAGAUAGGCGAUAGUGUGUUUAGUGCUCUUCCACAGCCGACAGGACCAUCAUUCGUGGUCGGUGGUCAGACCCUUGUUCCUGGGGGUCCUGAGAUUACGGUUUCUGGUACGACGUUGUCACUGGCAUCAUCUGCCUCAUUCGUGGUAAUUGACGGCGUGAAAUCCACAUUGACGAAUGCCGCUCCUGCACAAAUCACAGCACCUCCCUUGACCGUUGGAGAUGUCACAUUCAGGCCAUUGCCUGGUACCGGGACUGCCUAUCUAAUCGGCUCGAUACUACUGACCGCUGGUGGUUCGAUUGUCGUGUCGGGAACAACCAUCUCACUUGCCCCUGGAGCUACAGCGCUGGUGAUUAAUGGACAGACGAGCUCUAUUUCGCCUCAGGCUCAACCUGUAGUUACAAACCCACCCUUGUUGACAAUUGGUACCAACACCUACACUGCCAUGUCUGGUGACGGUACAACCUUUGUCAUAGGAGGGGAAACAUUGACGCCUGGGGGCACAAUCACCGUCGACGGAACUACGAUUGGCCUCGCAGAUAGUGCAACGGCAUUGACAUAUGGGAGUGCAGGCCGCAGCACUACCACCGCAUUGUUCCCAGCUACUACAACUCGCAGCACCACCAAUGAGUCUGGAGCAACUGCGCGGGCGAGUAGGUCUGAUGGACAAGCUACAGCGACCAGUCGGAAGGAGGGGGCGGCACCGAGGUUGAGCGAGAAACUGUCCAUGUCGGUUGCCGUUGUCGCCCUUUUAUUCUUGACAAAUUUAAGCGACGCUUACGGUGUCUGACCAGGGUACAUCCCCUAGGCACGGACAUUGCGCGAGCGAUCGUCGCGAUGUGCUCAACGUGACGAGACGGUGUACGAAAGGCGGACUGUAUGUCUCUUCCAUCCGAGAUAUCCUGAGCCAAGCUUCCUAUAGUGCGCGAGUCGCAAAGAUGCAACACCCGUUGGCAAUGGGGCUUACGCCCAGAGAUACGACGCCGAGCACGACAAUGUCAAGUAUGUAGAAGUCGUCUUGCGCUACCAGCGAAUCCCUACAGUCGCGAUGAGUUGCAUUCAUUGAGAGAGAUUGAGCUGAUUUGAGCCAUCUCCAAGUACAUACAUAAAGGUGGACGAACCCCCAAAGACAGAAUUCAGGCAUAUGGCAGGGCGGCGCUUGCACACUGGACGCCAAC